UUGCAAGGAUUUUACGCGCAUGCGCGCUAUUUCUAACCUAUAUUUUAACAAAGGAAUACGAACGAACGAACAAACGAACGAAAUAAUUUCUACCGCGCAACAAUACUAAUACAAUUUCUAUUCUCGUCGAAUUUAUCGUUAUAUAAUCUAUCUUAUAUAAAUACAUUUCAUUAUCACAAUCGUGACAAAUCAUUAAAAAUAGGACACAAACAUUUCUACAUAAUCAUUGAUAAUUUUUGCACUGGGAUAUUAUUUUCUUCACACGAUUGAGAGUGCAAUGCACUUGCUGCCGCGUACUUUAGCCGCCAAAAUUAUUUUCUCGAAACUAUAUCGAAAUUGCAUUAAUCGAAAGUAACAACUAAUCGUAUCGAAAGAUUAAUUCGAUUUAUUCAUCUAUCAACCAAUCAGUGUCGAGCUCAAGUUUAACUAUCGAAAUAGCUCGAAAGAUUUCGACCAAUCGGCAUACGCGAUUUCCUCUUCUAAUAUCAGACUAGUUCUCGUAGAUUAAAAAUAACAUGUAGCAAGAAUAUUCCGCCAAAAAUGAAUUCCGGCAUGGUGGAAAGAAUGAGACUUGGUCAAGAGGAUAUUGCGAAUUCUGAAGGAUAUCCUUCUCCUCAGAGUAAACGAAUGCGCACAGAGGAUGAGUGUAAUAAUUUAAAUAGUACAUUUAAUAGUACGUCGAAGGUUAAUACUAGGUGGUCUUACACUGCUGAUAGUAGUUUUGCUGAACCAGAAAUAUUAGAAGAGAUGGGCGUUAGCAUCAUAGAGGACGAUGUAAUCAACUGUGAUACCAAAGUACAAUCUCUGGAUUAUACUAUUUCUUUAAAUAAUGCAGCAAGUAAUGAACGGUUACCAUUAAAUGAUAAUGAGACUUAUGAAUCGGAACCAAAUUCUUUGUAUAUAGAUUCUAAUUUUCAUUCCAACAAUCUUGUAAGAUUAGAACAGGAACAGUACGUAUUAGAUAAUCUAUGCAAACAUAAACAUCUAAAUGAAUCUGGUUAUAGUUCGAAAUUAGAGAACGAGCCAUUAGGAGGUGUGAAAGAUGAAUACAAUAAAGAAAUAUUAAAUGCAUCCAAUGAUAAGGAUAGUUUAGAUCAUUUUUACUUAAGUAGAAGAAAAAGAAAAUUGUCUUAUACGGGGAAUGACGAAUUCAACAAAUUAUCGGAUGAAAUGAUUUUAAUGAUAUUUAGAUGGUUACCAAAAAAAUGUUUGGUACGUUGCAUGUUAGUUUGUAAAAGAUGGUGUCGAAUAGCACGUGACGAAGCAUUAUGGAGUAGACUUGAUUUAAGUAGUAAAGUUUUAAAUGAAGGAACAUUGGAACAUAUAUUGCCACGUGGUGUUCAAAUUUUAAGGCUUGCUCAAGCAGAGAUCGCAGACCCAAUAUUUAUGGAAAACUCUGAAGUUUUAAGUAGUAAUUAUGUAUGUAAACUACAAUAUCUGGAUCUCUCAAUGGCAGUAAUAUCAGCGAAUGGCUUAGCAACUUUACUAUUUAAAUGCAAACUUUUAAAAAACUUGUCAUUGGAAAGUUGCAUUUUGAAUAAUGCAUGUUGUAAUGCCAUGAGCUUAAAUACAGAAUUAUCUGUGUUGAAUUUAGCUAUGUGCGAAGGAUUAGAUCUAGAAUGUGUUACACAUUUAGUUAAACUUAAAAGCUUAACUGCUCUCAAUGUGGCAUGGUGUUCAUUGGACGCAGAAUCUGUCUCUCUAUUGUGUAAAUCACUUCCGCCUAUCCUUGAUCGCUUGAAUAUUUCUGGGUGCCGAAAAACUAUGACGGAUGAUAAUGUCAAAGAUUUGGUCAAGUCUUGUCCAAAACUGAUAGAAUUAGACUUAAGUGAUUGUACACUACUUACCAUGAAUUCAGCUCCAUAUAUUUUAAAUCUUUCUUUACUAGAACACUUAUCGUUAAGUCGUUGCUAUAGUAUACCACCGUCAACGUUUGUUAGAUUAGCUUAUAUGCCAUGCCUCAAAUUUUUGAAUAUAUUUGGUUUAAUGUCAGAUCAAAUGUCUAAGUCCGUACAAUCUAAUUGUGGAGAUACUUUAAUUAAUAAAUAUCGAUUUAGUGCUAUUGCAAGACCAACAGUUGGUGUUCGAAGAACUAGUAUUUGGGGCCUUCGAGUUAGAGACUGAGAUCAAUAAAUAGUGAUACUUAUUUGUACUGUAUAUUGUAGCAGUAAAUAAUUGCAUAGAAUGUUUCAUUUCUAUGAUGAUACUAGUUUUCGCUGUGAGACUGAUCAUAUUGUAAAAAUAAAAGAACAAAAAAAAAAAAUGUAAUAAUCACUAACAUAAUCUUCUCAAAGAUCUAUUUGAUUUCACUAAUUUUAACUUUAAUUCAGAUCUCUUUUACUGAUGUCCCUUUUUAAAGGGUAAUUUGCAUUUUUGGUAGUAUUACUAAAGGUAGAUUAAAUAUUUUACAUAUUAGAGGAUAUUGUAUUGUAAAUAACGAUCAAUAAUUUACUGUAUGCUCAUAUGUGUAUGUAUACAUAUAUAUAUGCUGCAUACACGUGUUCAUCAAGUGUGAUUGUAUUUAACUAAUAAUUAUUGUAUUGUAUGCAUUGUCAAAGAAUAAAAGACUUAGAUAA